GCGCACUUAAAAACUCAAAUUUAUUAAAAAAAAACCUCCUCCUAAUUACACAUUAUCCCCAAAUUUAACAAAGAGGCAAUGGCUUCUCCUGGUAGCAAUGUGAAGAAAGCCGUGGUAGCUUUCUUAUCACCGCUUCCCUCAAUCCUCUUCUACCACUCUUUCCUCCGGCACCAUUACAGUGAAGAAGAAUCAACUCUCUGGGAAUGGUGCUAUCAUCACCCUCUCCUUCUUGCCCACAUUUGCUUCUUCUUGAAUGUCAACCUCCUCUUCUGGAUCAUCGCUCUUUUCCAAUCCAGCCACUGGAUGAUUGAUUUGUACUGGACGGUGAUUCCUGUGUUGCUGGUGCACUACUACCGGAGCCACCCGUCGGGAGACUACAACGCUUGGAGGUCCCUGGUGGUUGUGUUGCUGACGUGGGUAUGGAGUAUAAGGCUGACCCACAGCUACUUCCGCCGCGAGAACUGGCAGUGGGGCGCCAGGGAGGAUUGGAGAUUCACUGAUAUGAGCCGCAAGUACGGCAAGAAUUGGUGGUGGAUGUCCUUCUUUGCUGUUUACUUAUCUCAGCAGGUCUUUAUAAUGGGAAUAUGCAUGCCCAUGUACAUUGUACACUCGGAGAACAAGCCGUGGAACAUGUGGGACUUUGUUGCCAUAUCCAUUUGUUCGUCUGGCAUCACAAUUGCAUAUUAUGCAGAUACACAACUCCACAAUUUCGCCAGCAGAAACAAAAGUUUGAAUGAGCAAAAGGUUCCAAAUCUCCUUCUCGAUACAGGUCUGUGGCGGUACUCCCGCCAUCCAAACUACUUUGGUGAGCAGCUAUGGUGGUGGGGACUCGCCAUAUUCGCAUGGCGUAUGGGUGGUGUUUGGGUUUUUCUUGGCCCUCUCAUAAACAGCUUGUGCUUGGCAUAUGUCACUAUUCUCGUAGAGAAACGAAUGAUUAAACAGGCUCACAGAGCUGAAGCUUAUAGACUCUACCAGAAGACAACUUCAGUUUGGAUUCCAUGGUUUAAGAAGUCAUCAUCCACCAGCGUAAAAGAUAAGAACUCUUAAUACACUGAACCUGCACUUUUAUUUGUUGUACUUUUUUUUACUCAUAUUGGGAUUUUACUGACAGAACCCCAAUACUGAAGAAAGACUUCUUCAAAUUGUAAUGAGAACGGAGAUUGGAAUUGAUGAGCUCAAUGUACAAUUUGGUACCAGCGUCAUUACAUAUAAAUACGGAGUAUAACAUUUGACCUUUUAUGGUUUUAUUUGAAUAGCAGUUUUCGAAAGACACUUGCACUGAGGCUGCUUACGCCUUGAGAUAAGCCAUGAUGCAGCGGAGGGUUUAUCUUUCGUGUAACCAAUAAGCUCACGCAUCACUAUGGUGAGGCAUGGUUUCAGGCUUAUGAUGUUUUUUAAUUGGACUGAUUUCAUUCCUAGAUUAGAUUUGAUCACCUAACUUAAAUACUCUAGAUCAGAUCAUCAGACCAAAUUAGAACAUAUUUGGACAAUAGUAAAACUCUUAAAAGAUACGGAGUACAUGUAUAAAACUAGAUGAGUUGGUCCACGGGUUGUUGAAGGUGGGAUUGGGACCG